GAGUGUUGAAACAUGGGUGCUUAUUAUAAUACUUUCAUACUAUUUUGUACUUCUGAAGUUCUCCAUUAGAAAAGAGUUAAUGGAAAAUGAUACUUUAUUUGUAGCCAGAACAUUUAAAAAACUAAUCAGUAAACACUCAAGUAAUUAAUCUGGGAAAUUCUGAUGUUAUGAAUAAUAAUUUUUUGUCUUGUUAGAUUUACAUUUUCAAGGUCAUGCCUUAAAAGCCUGCAGCAGAAAUUGCUUUACUGGGAAUUACUGUCAUUCAGGGUUUAGUGUGGUGAUAAGACGGUCACCUUGGCAUUCAGGAAGAUGGGAACAGAGAGGAGCUAAGGUUAGUAGCACUAGAGAACUACACUGCAACUCUGAGGGCUCACUGGGGGCGGUUUGGACUUGGUGACUGAAGUUUGCCACCAGUCUUUCAGUUCAUAGGCCUCGAUUUGCAUAAAACAUACGCCCUACAUUGAGUGUCAGGAUUUAUCCCAUCUCUCAUUCUCAUGGAGAUGCUGACAUUCCCUGCGUAGCUUUCCUCUCUGAUUUUUCCAUUGUCUCUUGGUAUUUUUUCAGUACCUUGUUCCAAGGAGCUGCUGCCAAUCAAGUGCACCUGAAAUGAAGCUGACUUGCUUUUCUGGGUUUUAACACAAGUAACAGAGCUACUUCUGACGCAUUUGAGUCCUCCGCUCCUUCAGAAGAAAGGCGGCCCUUCCCUUAACCAAUCAGACGAGUCCUUGCGGUCACCUGACAGCGGACACGCGUUCUCAUCUGGGGGGACUCUGCCGCCUUCUGGCCGCCGGCGCGGUGCUCGCCUCAGAUGUGGAAAGACCGAGAAGUCGCGUCCCGACCUGGGGAGCGUGCGGAUUCUGACAGGACUGUCGCCGGCGUUGGAGGUGUUGCCGCAGUCGUGGAUAUGUGGAUACGCAUUUCCCUCAUGUUAAAGCACUUGUCCUACGGCAAUGGCAGCUUACACGUGGAUGCCGCCUUCCAGCAGACCCUCUGGAGCGUGGCCCCCAUCAGCUCAGGAAGCGAAGCAGCCCAAGGGUAUCUCAUCGGCAGUGACGUCCUCAGGUUGCUUCAUGGACACAUGGACGAGUGCCUCACUGUCCCCUCAGGAGAACAUGGCUAAGAGCAGCGGAGAAGUGUUCACUACGAAGUUGGUGCUGUAUCUGUUCACGCACGUGCCCUGUGGAGGCUGGAGACACUGAGGGUUGCGAACUUGUGUCCCUGAAGCCUGGUAAAGCUGCAGAGCUGGUUGCUACUCACUUUUCUAAACAGAUUGAAACAGUCCUUAAAAAACUUCAGAGAAGAUGUCGUUGUAAAUCAAGAAUUGCUGCAAACGUCUCCGUGUGUCGCAGAGCAGUUCACUGAGCUGUUGUGUCCGUUCAGCCCCAACCGGGUUAUAGAGAUGCUGCCAGGCCUUGAGUGCUGCCGCCUGGAAGAAAGCAUUCAGAUUACUCAGAAGUAUCAGCUUCAAGAAGUCACUGCCUAACUAUUUGAAAAGAAAGGAGAUAUUCAUGGUGCCUUUUUUAAUGCUAGAGAUAUUGAUGGAUGGGAGAGAUGAAGUGUUCCUUUCACCUCCUAGAGACUGCAAAGCAAGCUUCCAGAGAGAACACAUCAAGAUGAACAUUACUACAAGAUACUGAAUAUAGCUCCCUGUGCUCUACAGAAGAAUCUUGAUUACCCGGAAGUAUCAUUUUCUUGAAGUCACUGCCUUUCUAUUAGAAAAGAAAGGAGAUGUUCAUGGUGCCUUCUUAACCAGGAGGCCACCCAUGCCCAGCUCCUGCUGUGCCUAGAAGGCCUGUCAGGAAGGACACCAGGAGGGGACUGCAGAACAGUGACCGACCUUGGGUCACUGCUGGGCCCAGGCAACAAGAAGCAACGAGUCCCUGUGGGCAGGAGGCCGGCAUGUGCACGGACAGCAGAGCAGAGGUGCUGGCACCAGGAGUCCGGGUGGGCACUGGGGUGCAGACUUCAGUCUCCCUUCUCCACCCACUGGCCUAGCUCUGCGUGGGGCGAUGGCCAGCCAGGGGCUUUAGGAAGGAUGGAAAAAGUGAAGUUAGAGGUAGAAGGAACUUCCCAGGGUUCACGUGGGGUUGAGUCCAGGGUGGGCGGUGCUGGCUUCCUGAGGCCAGGACAGCUCUGCUGCAUCCCCGCUCACCCGGGCCAGGAGCGCCCCCCCUCCCGGUGUGAGCGGUUGGCACACGGCCAGCACCCUCUCCUUGAGCAGGGCAGGUCACCCCAGGGUCACGAGAUUGGGGUCAGUCUGUGAGUUCAGGGGUGGGUACUCCUGCCUCCUCACUGUGACCCUGUCUGAGCCUCAGUUCUUCACCUUGAGAUGGAGGGAGGGUAACAGUGCCGGCCUGGCCAAGGCAGGAGGCAGAGGUGGGUCCAGGCUUUAGCUCCAGGAGAGUCUGGAGGGGUUAAGGGAGGAAGGGAGCUUCCUGGCAGGAGUGCAGGUGGGAGACUGAAGGGGCACCUGAGGGGCCAUGUGACAGGCAGCAGGGUGGGUGGGGCAGAGAGGAGGCAGUUGGAUGUCAAAGUCACAGCCAGAGACUGAGGUCUGACCCCACCCUCAUCCUCCAAAGAAUAGGUCACUCUUGAUGUGAGGAGGCAGAGGUGGGAGGGGUCUCUGCACUGACAUGGGCUCAGGUUCAGAGAGUGGGGCUGCAGGGAGGCUGGGAGAUGCCUGGAAUGAACUUUCUUCUCUGCCCCACUGUCCUGCAUCCCCUCUGGCUGGGUUUGUAGAUCCUUCCCUGAAAGAUGGGAUUGGGGAGGGGUGAGUUCAGAGAGGCCACAGAGGCCCAGAAUGGUAAUGACCCCCAUGGCCACCAUGGGGCGUUUAGGCAGGCCCAGAGCCCGUGGGGCCAUGCCAGUCUGUCUGUCCAGAUGGGCACAGCCGAGGCUACUGUUGCCUGUGGCCCUGGCUGGGGCUGCCCACUGUUCCCACCCAGGCCUAGGUGGGAGAGGGCGUACCGGGCCCCUGACUUCCUGUCACCCUUUGAAAUGUGAGGGCUUGGCUUCUCUGUUUCAUUCAACAGGAAGUGGUCAGAGUAGUUGAAAUCCCUUUUCUCUCCCAGUCUGCACAUUUAGGUUCCAACCUAGUCUUUGUCCCUGAAAGAUCAGCAUGUAACCGUAGGUCUGAGUGGAGCACUGUUUUUUUUUUUAACAUUUUUUUAUUGAGUUAUAGUCAGUUUACAAUGUGUCAAUUUCCAAUGUAGAGCACAAUUUUUCACUACACAUGAACAUACAUAUUCAUUGUCACAUUCUUUUUUGUUCUGAGCUACCAUAAGAUCUUGUAUAUAUUUCCCUGUGCUAUAUAGUAUAUUCUUGUUUAUGUAUUCUGCAUAUGCCUGUCAGUAUCUGCAAAUUUUGAACUACUAGUCUGUCCCUUCCCACACCCCACCCCUUGGCAACCACAAAUUUGUAUUCUAUGUCUAUGAGUCUGUUACUGUUUUGUAUUUAUAUGUGUAUAUAUAUAUAUAUAUUUUUUUUAAGACUCCACAUAUGAGCGAUUUUAUAUGGUAUUUUUCUUCCUCUU